AUGGUCAACCUCCAGGACGACGUGGGGGAUACUAUGGAACCAGAUAGAAUUUGCAGCGGUACUGUUAACGUUGCUUUAACUGAUUCCCUUCCCCCCGAGCUCCUUGCAUGCAUUUUUGAGAUGGCGCAAAUUAUGUCGCUGCCGUCUGGAGGUCUCCCACGAUUUCGACGCUUUCCCUUUAUUAUUUCACAGGUUUCACGGUUCUGGCGUCAUGUCGCCCUUGGAUGCGCCGUGUUGUGGUGUAAUGUGGACAUUUCACCCCCCUGGACGCGUUUAGCCGGCCUUGUGUUUUACCUCGAAAGGUCAAAAUCAUGCUUGAUUGAUCUAACGCUCACAAUUCCCUCCUCUCAAGACGACCUUGAUGUAUCCAACGUCGACGAUCUGCUUUCCAUCGUGAACCUGCAGUAUCAUCGUUGUCGUACAAUCAACAUUUCAGGGACUGUGCAUAAAAUUGCACCAGCGGUAAUGAAGAUCCUCACAUCCAUGCACCUUGGUCAAUACCCCAACAUGGAGGGAAUUGUAGUGGAGGGCAGUGAAAGAGAUUCAGGACCUGAUAUGAGUCACCCACACUCUCAGAUUUUCAUUUCAGGCGCCCCAAAGCUCGCCGAUGUGCGUCUUGGAGGGAUCGGGCUGCUGUAUUUCCAGCCUCCUCUUGGAACCGUUACGGAGCUUCAUUUAGCUAGGGAAAAGCGGUCAAUCCCAUUUAGCGAUUUUUCUCGGAUGCUCAAAGCCUGUAGCGCCCUGACGACUUUGGCCAUCUAUGAUGACUUGGUUUCCGAUUGGCCCACUCCUCUACAAAUCCACGACGUCCCAUCCCUUCGCCAUCUGCACAUAUACGGCAAUAUGCUUUCUGUAUCUCAGCUUUUGCUCUCUGUGUCGGCUCCUGAUUUGGAAGCCCUUUCCAUAGCUCCGGUUGUCGCUUCAGACCUAAAGUUGAUGUGCACGGAGGGCAAGCGCAACAACAAAGCAUGGUUCCCUGUGUUGAGGUCGCUCACUCUCGUGCCUCCCCACCCCGAUGCAAUGAAAGCGAUAUCAGUUGCCUCGGAAUGCUUCCCCACCACUCAACUUCUUAUCCUUCCCAAGUUCUACCCUGAAUUAUUGGUUGAAACUCUCGGACGCAAAUCUAACGGCCUUGACGGCACUCACUGGCCUCAUCUUGACGGCCUUGCUAUUCGAGAAAUUCAGGAGAAAAACGAAACAGCGGUAUAUUCGCUUAUCGACUCUCGACGAGCUGCAGGCGACCCGUUGAAAAAAAUAUAUGUAGAUGUUGUGUCAAUCAAGGUGAUGACCCGCUUAAAAUGGUUGGAAGACCAAAUGUUGGUGGUAGAAUCGGACCCUUGGGGACGGCAACAAAGCAACGCGUUACACGCCUACGAUCGGGAUCGUUUAUAUGAGUCAGUAACGAUCAUUUCAUCUGCACCCAACGCCAUCACACAAACGUUCUUCAGUCCCCUCCCCUUCUCAAAGUUGUCAAAUCACCAGAUGCAUGCAAUAUCCCGAAACAGUACAUCGGACUUGAAGUCCUCAUCAUCCCACUCAAACCAAGUUUCCCCAAUCGAUGCCCUACCACCGGAACUGUUAGGAUGCAUUUUCGAAACGACACAAGCCAUGUUGCUUCCUUCGGAAGAUUACUUUCGUUGCUUCCCGUUCAUACCUGCGCAAGUAUCACAAUAUUGGCGGCAAAUCGUGCUGGCAACACCUGUCUUGUGGUCAAAUGUGGAUAUUUCACCCCCUUGGGACUUGUCCACCAUACAAACCUACAUCGGUAGAUCCAAGGAGUCUUUGAUAGACUUACGGCUUUCCUUCGACUUCUGUGAUUCGGACCAGCAUCCCUCCAUUGAGUCCGCUCAUUCACUCACCAUCAUCCUUCGUCCUCACUACCCUCGGUGCCGUACCAUUGAGGUGUCUGGGGUUACCCAAAUCAUCCCCGCUAUAUUGGUGGUGUUGGAGUCGAUGCAGCACAGCACGUACCCCCACCUUCGACGCUUUUUGGUAGAGGGGAGAGAAAAGGCCGAGGCUGACCAUAGUGUGUUUACUCUAAAAGACACUCCGAGGCUCACGGAUGUGCGUUUGCGGGGUACGGGGUUGAACUACUUCCGCCUUCCGCUUACCAACGUCACUGAGCUUCAUCUGGCGCCGGUGAGGAUCUCGCUCCCUUAUGCGGCUUUUUGCGCGAUGAUACAAUCUUGUUCUGCAUCGCUGAUCACGCUGGUCAUUUAUGAUGAUCUUGUCUUCGGCCUCGCGCCAUUGCGCGUGUACGAUAUGCCCUCCCUACGCCGCAUUCACAUCUACGGAAUGAUGCUUGCGGUGUCUGAGCUUCUGCUCUCAAUCUCAGCUCCGGAUCUGGAAGAGAUCUCCAUUGCCCCAUACACCAAGGCUGAUCUCAUCCUGUUGGAAGAAGACGUCAUGCGCAAGACAUCUCCACGCUUUCCGAAGCUGAAAUCACUCACACUGACGCUUAGUCCGACCUUCACAGAGGUAAUUGAAUCAGCGUUCGAUCGAGCGGAAUUCUGUUUUCCUGGAAUCAAGACCCUCGUUCUGCCCAAUUUUUACUGGCCGCUCUUGUUACAAUGCCUGACCCACUCCGUAGUACUUCGCUGGCCUCAGCUGAAUAGCGUCGCACUUCGGGCACUUGAUGACAAUAUCGAUGUGCUUCGCCAAUUUAUUUUAGACCGCCAGGUGGCAGGAGCACCCAUCACGACGUUGUAUUUCGACGCAGAAUCGGUUACGAAAUUGGUUCAUUGCGAAGAUUUGAGGCAGAAGGUUUCUAUAGUAGAGGCGGAUCCUUGGCUGGCCGGGGUCCGGCCCGCCGGCUACUGCUAUGCAAUUUUAAUGCUUCAAUGCCAGAAACCCAGAAAAAAAAAGUAUCAUUCGUCAAAGUCACCGUAUAAUCUAUCCCAACCGUACGAGUGGUUCGGCUCAAACCAAAGCUGA